AUGGCAUCGGCAGCAGCAAAAUCCAAGAUCCAAUGUAGGAAUAUCACCAUUUAUGGAUUCUGCAAGAAGGAAGGCAAAGGAUGUGAGUUCAAUCACGAAACUCAGGCAGCUAAAGCUUCAGCAUCUAAUACCCCAGCUCCUAAAACAAACGACAUGCCAAGACCUAAAAUAACAGCAUCAUUCACUCCUCCAAGACCGUCAGUCCCUUUAACGUUGAGCCAAAGUGUCGAUGUUCCUGAAUUUGAUCCAUUGCUCUCCUACAACCCGUAUGCUACUACUCAACCUUCUAUGGCGGAUAACACGCCUGCGUAUCCGGCUAGUGAUUUGAAUGUUGCUGGAUCAGGACAAGCACUACCACCUACGUCAGAUCCCUCUUAUCAACAACAGCAGCAAGGUUACGAAUACUACGACCCUCAAACAUUCGUGCCGGACCAGCAAGCAAAUGGAUAUCCAAGUAAUGAAAUGGCUCAAAUGAAUCUAGGAGCGCCAUCUGGAGGACAACCUGAUCCAAACGACACCCAGGCCAAUCAAUAUUAUGGUAAUCAACAAGAAGGAGGAUACUACUAUGAACAGCCUCAAGUCCGAGAACCUUUGCAAUACCAUCUAUAUACAACGCCAUUACCUCAUAUAUCCAACCUGCAUCCACAUCAAAAGACCAUACACUCCUUUUUCAUGUCGGAUCAUCUGAGGGAAGAGUUGCAUCAACGUAGUGAAGCUUCUCAACAAGUUACUGAUCCUGCCAGAGUCGACCUGUCAAGAAUGCCUUCAGAGCUACACGUAUACUCCAACUUUCUACCACUGGAUGACCAUCUAGAGCGGUCUGUCAAAGUGUUUGGAUAUCCCACGUGGGUCUAUCGUGCUACGAACCGGAGUGAUGGGAAUCCAUACGUGUUGCGCCGGAUUGAAGGAUUUCGAUUACUGAAUGAACUUGCUAUGACAGCAAUCGAUUCUUGGAGAAGAAUUCGACAUGCAAAUAUUGUAAUGGUUCGAGAAGCAUUUACGACACGUGCAUUUGGUGACUUUUCACUGGUGAUAGUAUACGACUAUCAUCCACUAUCGAUCACCUUGGCAGCAAAACACUUCCAACAAAACUCCUAUCACCCAUCAAACUCAGUUCCUGAAAAGACGUUAUGGAGCUAUAUAGUACAAAUUGCUUCUGCUUUAAAGACCAUUCAUGCUGCUGGACUUGCUGCACGUGUGAUUGAGCCAAGUAAAGUUAUUUUGACUGGCAAGAAUAGGAUACGGCUUAACUGUUGUGGAAUAUUCGAUAUGCUUACGUAUGAUGGUGGCAAGAAUAUGGUUCAUUAUCAGCAAGACGAUCUCUUCCACUUUGGCCAAUUGAUUGUAGCACUAGCAUGUGGAUCACUAGCAUCUGUAAACCAUCUGCCGAAAUCUAUGGACCAUAUAGCUCGACACUAUACACCCGACAUGAAGAACAUUGUUUCAUAUUUACUCAGUAAACCCACUAUGGCUAAAUCAAUUGAUGAUGUGGUGUUGAUGAUUGGGCCUAGGAUUUUGCAUGAGAUUAAUUCUGCUCAUCACUAUAAUGACAUGCUAGAAGGAGAACUGGGACGCGAGUUGGAGAAUGGAAGACUAGUUCGACUGAUGUCCAAGUUAUCCUUCAUUAACGAACGACCAGAGUUUGAUCUGGAUCCCAGGUGGUCUGAGACUGGAGAUCGAUACCUACUCAAGCUAUUUCGGGACUAUGUGUUUCACCAAGUUGACGAUAAUGGACGACCACUUCUUGAUAUUGGACAUGUUAUCACUUGUCUGAAUAAGCUGGAUGUUGGUAUUGAUGAAAAAGUCAUGCUAAUGAGUCGAGAUCAACAGACAAUUCUCAUUGUAAGCUAUAAAGAACUAAAACAGUGUCUAAGUGGUGCAAUGGCUGAUUUGAUGAAGGCUAAAUAA